AUGUCGUACUCAAGACACUCAGUAGUCCUUGUCACCAUUGCUUGCCACCUGUUGGCGUUUGCGCUUGCGGUGCCCACAUGCGGACAGGACGACGAGGAUUGUCGGGAAAGUCGCAUGCAUCCUGAUUUCGUCAGCACUAACACCAGAGCCUUCUACCAAACGCGAAUAGUAGACGAAGAGACUACCGAAUAUUGGCGUGAUCAAGGCAAACAGUUUGUUAAGGAAAAGCUGAGCGCAGUACCCAACAAGAAAAUCGCCAAAAAUGUGAUUAUGUUCCUGGGUGAUGGCAUGGGCAUCACCACGCACUCUGCGGCACGCAAUCUGCUGGGUGGCGAGGAAAAGUUUCUCGCAUUUGAACAAUUUCCCUACACAGGACUUUCUCGAACCUUCAAUAUCAAUCAAAUAGUGGCCGACUCCGCCUCCACCGCCACCGCUUACUUGUGUGGCGUCAAAGCCAUGGGUGGCACAAUCGGAGUUGGUGGUUAUGUAGAUCGCACUGAUUGCCAACAAACUUCAAAUACUACCAAUUACGUCAGCUCCAUUGCAAAAUGGGCGCUGGAUGCUGGCAAACUGGCAGGAGUUGUGACCACCACAAGGAUUACUCACGCUUCGCCUGCGGGUGUCUAUGCGCACAUAGCUGAACGCGACUGGGAGAACGAUAGUGAGGUGAAGUCCGCCUGUGGCAGUGACAGUCAAGUGCAGGACAUUGCCUAUCAGAUGAUACAUGGCGAAGUGGGUAGCCAGCUUUCAGUUAUGAUGGGUGGCGGUAAGCGUGAAUUUGUAGACACUCAAUUAUAUGCGGCAGGCAAGCGCAGUGAUGGACUCAACUUGAUUGAAGUAUAUCAGAAUCAGAGCAGCAAAAAUGCCUACGUCGAGACGCUAGACCAAUUGAACAGCUUGAAUCUUAGCAGUGUGGAUCGCUUGCUUGGGCUUUUCGAAGACAGCCACAUGUUGUAUCACUUGGAAACUGAUGAGCUCAGCAAUCAGCCAACAUUGGAGGAAAUGACGCGUAAGUCUGUGGAGUUCUUGAGUCGCAACGAGCAGGGCUACUUCAUUUUCAUUGAGGGCGGACGCAUCGAUCACGGCCAUCACGAUACCUAUGCGCGCCUAGCUUUGGACGAAACUCUGGAGUUCUCGAAGGCCAUCCAAGCGGCGCGUGAGUUGACAAGCGAAGAUGAUACUUUGAUUGUGGUAACAGCCGAUCACUCGCAUUCAUUCAGCUAUUCCGGUUAUGCGACACGUGGCAAUGAUAUUUUUGGCCGAACACCUAAUACACCUGCUGACCGCAAACCCUACAUGACUCUGAGCUAUGCAAAUGGUCCCAGUUAUGAAACAUUCUUUGAUGUUGAACAGCAAGCACGCCGCGAUCCAACUACACUAAUAAAAGGCGUGGCAAACGAUCAGUUUCCUUCCACCGUUCCACUCUCCUCCGAAACUCAUGGUGGUGAUGAUGUGGCUGUGCUCGCUUCGGGUCCUUGGGCGCACUUGUUCUCUGGCGUUUAUGAUCAAAACACUAUUCCACAUUUGAUGGCUUACGCCUCGUGCUUGGCAAAUGGUCUUACAGCGUGUUCGCAAUAA